AUGAGGCGGGCGCGUGCUGCGGUCGACAGUCGGGGCCGAGGUAGGGGCGAGAGUGACCGGGGCCGGCGCGGGCGUGGUCGGGCAGCAGCGGCGGAGGAGGGCCGGUGCGGGCGCGGCCGGGGCGGGACGGCGUGGGCGCGGCCGAGGCAGGGUCGGGGCAGCGCGGGCGGGCGGGCGUGGCCGGGACGGGGCGGGGUCGGCGCCGGCUCCGGCACUGGCGCGGCCGAGGCGGUGUCGGGGCCGGCGUGGGCGGGCGCGGCUGAGGCGGUGGCGGGGCCGACGUGGGCGGGCGCGGCCGGGACGGGGCGGCGCGAGCGCGGGCGCGGCCGAGGCGGGGUCGGGGUCGGCGUGGGCGGGCGCGGCCAGGACGGGGCCGGCGCGGACGCGGCCGGGACGGGCGGCGCGGCCGAGGCGGGGUCGGGGCCGGCACGGCAACGGCUGAGGGCGGGGCGGCAGCGCAGGGCGCGGGCACGUGGUGUGGGCGGGACGGGGCGGCGCGAGAAAACAGAUCGACAGAAUUCAUCCCUGACGAGUGACGAAGAGCGUCCUUACCUGUUCCACGCUAACAACCCCAGCAUGGCAUUGGCGGCAGCGCCAAGGUCGGCACUCGGCAACCAACUAUCCGACGUCAACGUCCUUGGGCACCUCUACCCUAGGCGGAAGACAAAUAUGGACGGCAGCCAGGGCUACCGCAGCCCUGUGACGCACAUCAUGUACCUGCCGCCACCUCCCUGA